CCCCUCCGGACCAGCCCCACUGCAGUAAGGAGCGCACUGUCCGGGAAGUUCCCUCAGUUUGUUCCAGAGCCGAGCACGAGGAACCUGGUCCGGACUCUGAUCGACCCGGGUUAUCUGAUCCUGACACAGAAGGACGGAGGACUGUGAGGGGACGAGGAGGAGAGACGAGGACGCAGGCGGGACUGAUCCGGGACGGUUCGGGUCUGGUUCAGAUCUUUUUCUCUUUUUUUCCUCGCGCGCAUCCGGACGCUCCGGGUCGGUUCUCCUGGUCCAGGAGGGUCCUGAGGAAACCUGAGAGCUCUGCAUAAACCUUUGGAAAUCUUUAGUUUGGAGACGCGUCUGAUGACGCACAGACAGGCUGAUCGAUUAACUGACUGAUUGAUUGGUUGAUUGACAGGCUGAUUAACAGGCGGGUCAUGAGUCGGACUCUGUAGGAUCCAGUUCUCAUCAUGGACCCUCUUCAGCUGCUGCUGCUGAUGAUGAUGAUGAUGGUGAUGAAGACGUCCGGCAGCAGCAGCAGAGAAAGCCGCUCAGUUCAUGAGGGAACAAGAAACAAACGUUACGCCAUCAACCCACUGGGACACAAGUGGACCCACCACAACAUCACAUACAGGAUCACCAAGUUCCCCAACACCCUGAACGUGGAGGACACCAGAAAGGCCAUCAGCAUCGCCUUCACCAAGUGGAGCGACGUGUCUCCGCUGACCUUCACCGAGGUUACCGAUGGCAACGCCACCGUUGACAUCACCAUUGGUUUCUACACCUUUAACCACACCGACUGCUGGUGGUCUCCUCUCCACCCAUGUUUUGACGGUCUGAAUGGCGAGCUGGCUCAUGCCUUCCUGCCGCCGCGAGGGGAAAUCCACUUUGACAACCAUGAAUUCUGGAUCCUUGGCAAGUCCAGGUUCAGCUGGAAACAAGGUGUUUGGCUGAACGACCUAGUCCAGGUGGCGGCUCACGAGAUUGGUCAUGCCCUCGGCCUGUGGCACUCCAGAGACCCUCAGGCCCUGAUGCAUCCCAAUGCCACCUACACCGGCCAGAGGAACAUUGCUCAGGAUGACGUCUGGGGAAUCCAGAGACUCUAUGGUUGUCUGGAUAAGAAGCGAGUCUGUGAUCCGUGGGCUCGACUUGGCUUCUGUGAGCGGAGGAAGACCUUCAUGAAGAAGAACUGUCCUCAGCGCUGUGACCUCUGCUACGAGCCUCUGGAAGCAGUUACCACGCCAACACCACCUCCGGCCAAUGUCAAGAUCAAGAUGGUUCCCCGAGGGAAAGUGGUGGGUUUCCGCUGUGGAACCAAAAACCCCCGCUCGCCGCCCAAAGUCAGCUGGUACAAAGACGGCGAGCAGAUCCUGACCUCCAUCCCUGGCUACAUCGUCAUGAAGGACCGAGACCUUCGUAUUGUUGCCAACGAGUUCAACGAGGGCGUCUACACCUGUCGAGUCCAUCGACGAGGAGACAUCAUCUCUGCCAACUCCUGGGCCAUCCGACUGAAACCAGAGCAACCGUCCAACAGCUGAGGACGUCGACGGAGGACAAAACAAGUAAACUGGUUUUAUAUUUGUGGGACAACAGAACACUUCAUUGAAUACGAUCACUGGAUCAGAUGGUCGGUAUUUUUUGGUGUGCUUGGAUUUUUCUCCAGGUGAUUCUGACGGUUCGUUCACACACAGGUACAGAGGGAGGUUUGUGACUUGGACAUGACACAACAUAUAUCAGUGAAAACUUUAAAUCCUGGAAAUCCUUUUGUCAAGAUGUUAUGUCCUCAUAAGGUGGACGACCAUCUUGGCAUGAUUCAUGUUCUUGUUCUGUUGGCCACCGUGUACCUGUAAUCAUCUCGACACGAUCUAAUGUCCUCAUAAACAUCUUCUCAGGACGUCCUCGUAACCUCCUGACAAGACGUCACGUACCUGUAAUCCUGUAGAACUCCAUAAACCCUUUAUCUUCCCAGCAUGAUGUCAUGCUUCAGUAACAGGCUUGACAUCAUGUGACUCCCAGUGUGACACGACAUCCUCGUAAACAUGUUGUGAGGAGAAAACGUCCUUAUAAUCCUCCUGAUGAGACGUCAUGUACCUGUAAACCUGUGGACAGUAAACUAAUACAUGAUGUACUCUGUAGAGACAAAGUGUUGAUCGCUGCAUCACUUAAACUAAAUUACUGUAGAUUAACUAGUUAGCUGGGUAGCAAAUGAUCUAACCUCACCUGUGACCUUUGACCUUUAACUACUGUGAGUCUCCUCUUUAAACUUCGACUUUUGUCCUCUGAAUAACCAGGAGCAGCUGUGGGCUGUUCAGGAUGGUUUUGGUAGUGGCCACAGUUGGUACUGCAGGUCAUGUGACCUAAAAUAACACAGUUUACAACAGUUUUAUCUGUUUGAUCCAACAGAGAAAAGUCUGACAGAACAGUAAAUUAUUUUCACAUCAUUCAUGUUCGAGGACAGGAAGUCAAACUGUUUGACUUGGGAAGGACUUGACUCAGAAACCUGAGAAUCAGUAAAAAUUUGUGUCAGAUCUGACCUGGGAUUUUCUGAAACCUGAACAGAAACAAACUGUGAAUCUGAUCUGAGAUGAUUUCUAUGUUUCCCUGUGAUCAGCUGCUGAUGGACUCACUGUGACCUUCUGUUUACAUCAGGACUGAUUUUAUUUUCCCUCUCACUGUGAUGAAAUAUGGGGUCUGAUAACAGGUUAUAUUCAGGGUUCAGUUCCAGGCCAAGGUCUAAAGUCUGAGGCUGACUAAUCUCUUUUUGAACCUUUUAACUUCUUUCGUUCUGAUGAAACAUUCAGGUGGCGACUUCUCGUUUUUAGCCGUAAUGUUUCACUGGUCAGUUUGUCGUGUGCUGAAAACACUUCAACACUUUUCUCUUCAGUCUGAUACUCAACAGUCAUUCCUCAGCCCAGUAAAUCAGGAGUUCUGUUCGUCAGCUCAUGGUUUCUGUUUAGUCCUGACUCCUUCAUGUGGAGACAGGAAAUCAGACUCUAGUCCAGAGCUCAGACCUCGUCACAGAUCUGCAGUUUAUUAACUGACUUCCCCUUGUUACCAUCAUCAGAUGUAGAAAUGGGAAAAGGAGAGAACUUUAAAAACAUUAGUAUUAGUCAUCAGCCUCGUCCAGUGUUUGACAUAUUUUACCCAGACUGCAUUGCUCGUCCUGUCAUCUUUUUUUCUGUAAACACGUUUUGUGUCGAAAAUAAAAAGGUUUGAAUCCUGUUUUAACCUCCACUCAGGUUUUCUGUCAGAAUUUCACAUCAUGAAUUAAGAAUUAAAAUGGUAAUUUGCAGCUGGUAGUUUAUUAACAGUUAAUUUACUGUCAGUGUGUCAAAAAAGCUACAUAUAUGUUUUUGCUAUCGCUGCAUAGCUAACAUCAGCAUUAGCAGCUGUUUACUCAUCAGUCGUUGUGAGUUAAGCAUCAAUCAGAGGUCAGAUGGUAGAAGACAGAUAUUAAUAUUAAAAUCUAUGAGCAGAGAUUCAUAAAGUCAGAGCAUCACUUAACUAAGUGAUCAGCUUAUUGACUGAAAACUCAUUAAUCAGUCUGAACACAGGUUAUUUUACAGUUUAUAUUUAAUGUAGAUAUGAACAUUUAUUCUGCACCACACUUUGUGAAUCAUCAAGAAUCAGAUCAUUAGAUUUCAUCAAGUUUAAUAUAAACAAUAAUAAAAUAUAAAACUAAUCUCAACAGAAAAAUGAUAAACAAGAAACAUCAAUGUUAAAACUGAGAUGAAACCAGAGGAUUGUGUUUGUUGUGUUGGAGUUUAAAUCUCAGCAGGAAACAGAUGGAGGUUCAGACGUGACGUAAAAACACUGAUGUUUGUUAAAUUUUCCUCUGAUGAAGACAAACGAAACAAAAGACUGAGAACAAAGAGUCGUCUGGUUUUAACCCUCUCUGACCCACAUCUGAUGUUUUCUGUCUCACUGCUUCACUGAUGUGGGUCAAACUGGCUCUGUCCACACACACUGACUAAAUCUGAUCCAACAACAACACAACAACACGAUGUUCAUCUGAAGUUAAAACAGACGACAGAGAUCCUCAGAGACCAGAGCAGAUAAACACUUCCAUAUUUCCAUAUUAGAUUGAUUUUUUUUAAAUAAACAAUAAAUACAUACAAAUAAUAAUCUAUUUAUUUUAUAUCAUAAAAUAUACAAAUACAUGAUGUAUUUUUAUAUUUUGAUUUACUCAUAUUGUAAUAAAUUGAAUUCUCCAGGUCUUCACAUAUUAUUAUUACAACUAUUUACUAAUUUGUAAUAAAUAAAAAACAUUUUAAACUUGAUCUUUUAAAUCUUUGUCUUUUUUAAGUGUUUUUAACAAAGCAGAAGGAAUAUAAAAACUGCAUGUGUUAGUUUAUAAUAUACUGAUAGAAUAUAAUGUAAAAAAUAUACAAAUAAAAUAUAUGUUUAUUAGAGAUGAAAAUGUAGAAGAACAUAUUGAAAUAUCAGCAUGUAAUAAGACCUGGAGCUGAAAAUAAACAGAUGGUUUGUCAGUUUACAUUCAGACAUGUUAUAAUUAAGAUAAAGGAGCGUAUGUAAUAAACAUUAAAACAUUUCAAAAUAAAAGUUUAUUUCAGGUUUAAAAAUAUUAAAAUAUUUUAAUAAAACUUUUUCAGAGGAAUCGGAUGUUUCUGUUCCUCAUGAUUUAAUAUUAAUGUUUGUUUGUUGUUGACUGUAACAGCUGAUAGUCUCAGUGAUUUACAGAGUCCAGGAUCAGCUGUUUUAAGACUCUGAUUAGUUCGUCCUGUUCUCUCCUCUGAUUGGCUGAUUGAUCAUCAUUGAUCAUUUAUUUCUAACCAAUUGGACUGAUUCAGUAAAAACUGAUAAACCUGGUUCAGCUGGACUGAGGUCAGUCUGUUGGCCUGAACUGUCUCUACUGUCUCUGUUCACACAGCUCCAUCAUAUGGACAGACAGAGUCACUGCAGGAGGAAGGUCUGAGAAGGUCCAGAAUCUGGAUCUGAUGUCCAGGACCAGAGGUGGAUCCACACCAACAGACCUGUUUCCAGAGCUGGACUCUGACUGGACCAGACCUCUGUUAGUUCUGGACUGAACACAGGAGGGAAGAGUCACAGAUUAUUAACCCACAAUACCAACAAGUCCUAAACCUGAAGCCAGGACCAGGUCCCAGAUUAGAACCAACAAGCCUCAAGUCAUGAAGUUGACUCCAGGUCUGUAGACCAGGUCUUGGUCUUAAACCUGGUCUGGGACUCUGGGUCACUGGGACUGGGUUUACAGACAGACCAACAGACACAGAGAAUGUGUUCAAGUUCAAAAUCAACCUUUAUUGUGUGAACAGAUCGUCCAGGUGAAGCUGCACACGGUGCAGACUCACCUGUCAGCACCUCCUAAAGCUUCUGAUUCAAAAGACCUUCAUCACUUCAUCUCAUGUCCACUGGGGGCAAAAACCUGAUCAGGUACAAACAUUCAUUUAUUUUGGUCUGAGUUAACCCCUCCCUUCACGAGUUGUACUGAUAAGGUGUGAUCAGAGGGGGCGGGGCUAAAGGCACAUGUCUGUUGACAGGCAGGAACACUGAAGGUCAGUGGCAGCGACACAUUAAAUCAACACAGAUAACAGGAGUAAACACUGGUUCUCAGUGGGGGGGGGUUGGUUGUUGGUCUCGGUGGGGGGUGGUGUUGGUCGUUGCUCUCGGUGGGGAGGGGGUUGGGUGUUGGUCUCGGUGGGGAGGGGGGGUGGGGGGUGUUUGGUCGGUUGUUUCUGAGGAGGAAUGAUUGGCAGCAGCAGAGUUCAGGAAUGUUCUGUUGGGUUCAGUUUUGUUGUGUGUGUGUGUGUGUGUGUGUGUGGGGGGGGGGUCGUCGCAGUCUGAUGACGUCACCAGCUCCUUCAUCCGUCAUCCUCAGCUGCUGGCUGUCGUGGCCCCGCCCCUGGCCGGUGACAUCACUCUACAUGCCCA